UUAGGACAUGGACAUAUUUGUAUAGAAUUUUAAUGUAAAAAUUAUCUAAAUUUUAUCUUGCAAGCCUUACAUUUCCAGUUUAUAGUUUUCCUACGUCUCAAUAGGACAUAAGUCAAGUCUCCUUGUAACUCCAACAUCAGUACUGCCCCUGUCCUUUUUUUUUUUUUUUUUUUUUUUCUCGCAGGAGGAUUGACAGACUCCGCUAUUGUGGGAAAUGAUGUUAACUACUUAACUCAUUUAAGCACGUGGCUCAAACCAGUUGCUCAGAGCAAAUCUUCACAAUGGAAGCGAUGUUGGCGUGCGUCCGUGGACGGCUGGGCUGCAAGUACUUUUCACAGUCGAUGUGACAACAAAGGACCAACUGUUACAAUAAUAAGAGUCGGCGGAACGUACAUAUUUGGAGGAUAUACCAGCCUAUCAUGGAGUAAGUACUAAAUUCUGAGCAUAAUAAAAGUUUUUGGUGAAAUGGAAAUGGCGAGAACCAUAUGAAAUUUUAGGGAGGGGCUCAGUGAUUUUAGCGAAAAAUAAUCAAGUUAAGUUUUGUUGAUUUUAUGGGAAAAUAAUCUGCAAACAAUAUUAGAGAGCUCAACGUGACAUUAAGCACGCGGACAUUGAGCUGAAAAUGCAAAAGGUACCAUUUAGGGAUAAGAGGAAUUAUUCUUUUAAGCAGACUUUUUUUUUUUGUAUCAGAAACCGAGAAAAUUUGUGUCUUGACUUUAUUUAAAACACUGAAGUGUGUGCAAGUUGUCCUAGAAUCCUUUGAGGCAUUUUUUUUGAAAGCUUUAUAACUUUGACAAAUUUAUACGUGGAAGAAUGCCAGACCACAACAAGAUAACAUUUGCCAUAAAAUACAUCAAUCACGUGGCCAUUGCUGAAUAAGGGUUUUUUGUUGCUGUGACAAGAUUUCAUUAUCGGGUUAAAAUAAAAUACUGAUAUUUGAGGUUUGUGUUGUGUGCAGCAUUCAAAAAUAACCAGUUUACCUCCGGCAUUUAAAAUUUAAGGGGGCAAUGAACAUGAGUGAACUGAAUUCGGGAGACUAGGCUGAGGGCUGUAGAGAGUUGACGUUUCAUCACGCGGCAGAGGAAAUUUGCAGGAAAGUAAUGUUCUUCCGGAUAAUUUUUAAUCUUCUAACCCUAAAAGCCAAAUGAUUUGCUACCCUAACCAAAACAAUGGAAAUAAUGAUGAACAAUGUUGUGUUAAUGUUUUCCCCGACCGAUGAAAAGACACCGUACGAGGGAGAGUUGGUAGUAGCGCGAUCGCUAGUUCACAAUUUUCUUAAACGUUCCCCGGCAUGGACCAAGCCUGAAAGAGCUUUGAUGAGUUUAUUGUGAACUUUACGUCUAGCUUUGAUCAGUUAAAGAUUUAAUUCUACACGGAAAUUAAAAAAAAUCCGAAAGUCAUCCUUGAAAACUGCCAAUCAACAAAGAGAAGGAACUCUUAACUCUAAAUUCUAACUGAUUCUGAGGGUCCGGGUUCGAAUCCUCUUCGAGCAAAUUUCUCGUACUUCAUAUUUUUUUUCGUUUUUUCAAAUCUCUUCUUUACUUUCUUUUUUACCUGUAUGUUGCAUAUACCUAGUAACAUAAUGUGUAAAUUGAAAGCAAUGUUUACAGGAAUAUAAAAUGUGCGGUAUUUAUCAUAAUUUUCAUUCACGAAGACAAGUAUUGAAGUGUUUCUGAAAAUCCUUGUUUAUGUUUUAAGCCAGCUUCUCGGACUCGAGGCAAGAAAAUCACUCAAAGCUUUCUUUUACAGCCAGAAUUAUAACUAAUUUUCUUUGGAACGUUUUCUUUCUACUUGCGGUGAGAAAAUGUCUAAAGGCUUUUUAAAGUUCUAUAAGCUUAUAAUGAAACCUGAUACUCGAUCAGAUCAUUGUAUCGUAUCUUACAAACGCGCAUAAACUAAAUAGCCGCAUAAACUACGCUCGACUUCAUUAAAUUAGAUAUAAAAAACGAACAUCAAAUACAAUAAUUACUCAAGCUUACCAUUCGAGAUACAUUGAAAACUAUCAAAUAAGGCCAGAAUCGCUUCAGACUUUUCAACCCUCUUACGCAUCAGGCAAGUUGAAAAACGAAAACGAUGCCAUUCCGAAAUCGGAUUUCCGACUUUGACAAGCCACGUAUAUUUUGUACACUCAGUGGAAAAAGACAGUUAAAAACAUCACAAGUUGACACUCUGUCAGCUUCAACUGUCAAAGUAAACAAGUUUCAAGAUGCAUGCUGCAUAAAUUUUUCGCAUCAAUUCACCUGUCAAAUCUUGACCAAUCAGAGCAUAAAAAUUGGAGGUAGAGCGUGACCAACGAGUGCCCUUGGUAAGGAAAGUCAAAAGCAACUGGCAUGCCUUCCCUGCCUGUAAACACUGGCUGAAUUUUAGCUUCCGAGGUCAGUUUGAAAUCAAAAUUUUAAUUCUGCGGCACUUAUAAAACACGACAUAUUUCAUAUGAAUUAAAAAAAUUAAACUUGAGCCUGCGAUCAUUUGAAAACAAGUAACUUGUCAGCGGAUAACUUCAAAAAGAUACUCGACCUCAAUUGGUGGACACGUAAGCCCGCGAUACGGUCAGGUGAUACUGGUCAGCAGAUAUCCAGUUUUGACAGCUGUCAAUUAGUCACAACAUUGAUGUGCGAUAUGUAAGCAAUAUCAGUCUUCCUCCCAAACUAGCUAGAAACUGUGAGAUUGAACGUUGGUUGCCCUUUGGUGCCGACGGACGGUUUCUCGGGCGGGAGGGCGGUCGGUGUGAGGUCACGUGAUUACCAAAUUUUCUCGGAUGGGUAGUUUACUUCAUUUUCUUACCCAUGUUGCUGCGCUCAGCAAACGUUAAAAGUCUUAUCAUUUUGCGAUUGGGAGAGCGCGUAACCUCCUUUACUAAAGAUAGCAGUGCUAACUUGUGUAGUGAAAAAUAGUAAAAUGACGCUUUCUGGGAAGUCUGUAUUUUGAGGAGACGCGAAGAAACUUCAAGUAAAAUGUCGUACUCGUAGUCGUUCUCUUCCUCGAAUCUAAAGGUCUCUAGUUUCAAAUUAAAGACCACUUAGGUUCAACAUUGAGUUUAGAAGUCGCAUUUCACAUGUGCCGAAUAUAAUGCAUUAAUUAUAGAAACUGUUAUCCAUAUUGGAUAAAAAGUUCUUCUAGAGACUGGGAAUAUUUGCGACUAACGGACUAAAAUUUGGCACCAUCAUAUCGGACGUCUGAAUCAACUGCCGUAUUUGAUUACUUUCAUAGGCUAAAAUAGGUGUUCGGCACUCAUAAGAAAUUCCACGUUUUUAAUUGGCCCAACAUGACAUAAAUCUAAGCUCAGUGGUUUGCAGGCUGUUAUUAAGUUGUUGUUUUCUUUUUAGAAAGAGUAAUUCGUGUCUCUCUUUGUAAAUCCAUUUUUUUAAUCGGCUUGAGCCGCGACUUAAGAAUCAGCUGUAAUGGUUGAUUUUACUAUCCCUUUGAUAUGAUUCGUAUGUCACUAGACAUGAUUUGUAUGUCAAAAAGAGCGAUCAAUUUUCAUCCAUCCAUUUCAAUAAAAUCAAAUGGAAUCACUUCUCACUAUAGCGGACGACCUCGAACCGUGACUUCGUCGUAUAAUAUGCCGCACCGCAGAAAGACGAAAAAGCUAAACACUUUUUUGAUCAAAUUAUUUAAAGGUUUAAACUCGAAGCUUUAUAUAGUGUAAAAUAAUUAUGAUUUACUUUUUCUGGUAUCACUUGUAAUAAUAAUAAUAAUAAUAAUAAUAAUAAUAAUAAUAAUAAUAAUAAUAAUAAUAACAAUAAUAGUAAUAUCGCACUGAAGGAAACUGAAAAAAAAGCAAGUACAAAGACCUAGAAAUAGACAUACAGAGAAUGUGGCAUAUGAAAACCGUAGUGAUCCCUUUGGUUCUUGAUGCGCUUGGUACAGUGAAGAAGGGUAUGAUAGAGAACAUCAAGAAAUUAUCAGAGAGAGCUACUAUGACAGAGAUUCAAAAGAUCUGCAUGCUAAGAUCUGCGCGAAUCCUCAGAAAGGUGCUCAGUGUAUGAACAGAAUGAUUGACUUGAGUGACUGACGCUCCAGGUGCAUGGUUUGCGCCCGGCUGAUGCACAAAAAGAACACCAGCAAAGACUGUGAUAAAAGAGAUAAUAAUAAUAAUGAUAAUAAUAAUAAUAAUAAGGGAUCUUGCUUAGAUUUUGGUCCAUUCCCUUUUACUGAGUCUCGAGUGUACCAGCAAUAACUGGCACAGUUUAUUAUUAUCAUAGAAUUACAGUCGACUCCCGAUAACUCGAACCCUCGCUAACUCGAACCAAAAUCGAUUUCCCCUGGAUUUGUCAUACUUUCACUGUAAUUUUACCCUCGGUAACUCGAACCCUCGAUAACUCGAACUCCCGCUAACUCAAACCAAUUUUCGUUUCCCCUCAGGUCAAUUUCUAUAUAAUUUUACCCUCGAUAACUCGAACCAUGUUUUGAGCCCUCAAAAAGUCGGGAAAAAAGCCGUCUACUGGCUUCUGAAACAUUGAAUUUUGGAUUUCCUAUUAACGUGUUGUAGGAGUAUGGUUUGCCAAUGGAGGCUGAUGUUGAUUGUCACAGGCUAACGUGAAGCAGCUUUUCUUUUCAAAACAGUAAAACGCAUGCUCUAUUUAGGCUAUGUUUUGUUACGUUACGUUCUGAUUUAUAAUCUAGAAGUAUCUUUUACUUCUCACUUGACCUUUCUACAAUUAAAGGUGAUUAAAAUGUUCACUGUGCAGUAAAAAAUGUUUUUUACCAUAGUCUAGGCUAUUUUCUUCGAGCUCCCGAUAACUCGAACUUUUUUCGAUUUUCCUUGAAGGUUCGAGUUAUCGGGAGUCGACUGUAUUGUAAUCCUUGGCUUGCUUGUUUAGACUCUAAAGCACAGAGUCCAAACUAUGGCCCUCAAGUACAAAAGAGAUUACUUGAUUGACAGAACCUUUCUGAGGAUGUGGGCUAUUCCCAGAAGUGAGAUUCUUUUGGUGCUCGCUGACACUGGUUGUUCUGUUAACGUAUUUUUCCUGUCCCUUCUUAAUGACCCCGAGCGCCCCAAUAACAACUGUUACCGUCUCCAUUUCCAUUUUCCACAUUCUGGCGAUUUCAAACUCUACGUCCUUAUACUUAGAGAGUUUCUCGACUACCUUAACGGAUUAUUAUUGUUCAGUUUUUAUGGUUAAAGUCUCGUCUUUCAUAAGUAACGACCGUCAUUGCAACGUGAACCUCUUUUCAAUUUCAAAGUUUUCAUAAACUAUCUAUUUCUGUUACCUUUCCAUCGUUAUGUUUACGACUUACUUAUCUUCUAGACGUUGAGUGUUUUAAAAAUUAGAUAGAAACGUAUACUGGUCAUUGUCACCCGAUGAGAACCAUGUUGACAUCAUCAUAGGCAGGCAUGGUCUUAUUUUCACUGAUUUUUAUGUUUGUGGAGCCACACCUCUUGUUCAGACUAAUUUAAGACCUUUUACAGACAACAAAUGCGUAAUCUUUUUGGUUGGGAGCGUGAGAUAAACUUUUGCCCGUCUAUGCCUCCUAUCUAGGUACUAUGCGAUAGGAUUCAGUCCAAUAGUAACUAAUUUUACGCUAAAGGAAUUGCCUUGCAAAAUCUCUUUCUUUUGGACUUUGAUUUGACCAUUCUUCCCUUUAUCCUCUCUUGUAUCUACCUCCAGUGUGAUUUUUCAUGUCUUUAUGGCAUGUUAAUGAAUUACGCUAUAAUGCAACCCAUAAAAUUAAAGUGUUCUUAUUAAUAUUCAUUGGUGGGAUACCGAAUCAAACGCUUUCUUCGCGUCCACCAAACAGCAGGAUAUUUCUUCUUUUGAAGGUAUGCAUCUUCUAGUACCGUUUUCUCAAUCAACAAGUUGUCAAAACAACCCGUGUUUUUUUCCUGCAGUACACCCUCCUUUAUCGAUCUGCAUCAAGCGAUCUUUUCCUCGUGUGAUUCUAAAAAGCCGUGUAUUACUUACGUAAUCAGUUUGUAAAGUGAGUUCAGAGAUAUAGUUGGUGUGUAGUCAGAUCAGGCUGAAGGAUUAUGUUUUUCACGAACCAUAACACUUCUCCCCGACGUAAACCAAGAUGGAGUGUCGAGAUGCCCAUUCAGUACUGCUGCAAUUAAUGUUUUCAUUCUCUUUUUCCAGUUAUUUGUAAUCUUAUCUUCUCCUGGGGAAGAUUAAUUUUGCUUCUUUUUCCGAGCUUUCAAAUACCAUCUCAAUUGUGCAUGUGAUCUGUAUUCUAUUUUCACUGAGCUGCUCUAUCUGUCUCGACGCUUCGUAUCCAGUCCGCCUGGUAAGCUUUUCACUCGAGUUCUCCCAUACAGGCCUCCAAAAUUCUUCAAGAUCAACCUUUGUUGUUGUUGUGAUUUAUUAUUUAUAUUAUUAUUAUUAUUAUUAUUAGUAGUAGUAGUAUUAGUAGUAGUAGUAUCUAUUUUUACCCCGAUUUUUAGAAGUAGAGAGUUUCCAAUCGAACCAGAAAUUGAGAAGUUUGGAAGCGAGAUCACAAUGCACUAUAAUUAAAAAUGAAAGAAAAUACAGGCAAAAACGUCAAUGGCAUAAAAAACUUAAUAUUAUAGUCGGUUCGACACUGAAAUAAAGAUUCAGAGCAGCGAUGGACACAACAAAAAAAUGGAUGCACAACAAAAUUAGACGGAGUUACUCGUGCUGUUUUAUUUCCUACAUUCUGGAUUAAAUGACGAGUUUGGUUGUCCCAUACAUAAAUAAAUAAAUAAAUAAAUAAAUAAAUAAAUAAAUAAAUAAAUAAAUGAAAGAAAGACAAUUGAAGAAGAAUUUUGUAAAGAAUGCAUUUAUGUACAAUCAGCAUUUGCUCUAAGUUAAAGUCAAGCCAGGUGAAGCGUACCUCCUAAUAUUCCUUUAAUGUAUUUGUUAUUUGAAGGUUGACUCUGUUAGUAGUUUUAGGUUUUUAGAUUCAGCUCUUCAUUCCUGUAUUCGUAAUGAGCAGUGAAUUCACACGCGAGGUAGUUCUGAAAUAGCUGCCCCAUGGGGUGGAACAGAAGCUACUUCCCUUACAUUCUCUUAAAUGAAACCCAAACUAUGUUCCUACAACUUGCAAAGCGGCCAUCAAGGGUCUUGCCAGCAGAUUUGUGUACUGAUCAUGCGCAUUACGCCAAAAACCAAAGAUCAGCAGUUUUGGGAAGGAAUAAAAACAUGGCGGUCGAAGGCGGGACUGUUUCUCACUAUUUAUUUAUUUUUGGUAAUUCGCAAAUUUAUUGAUUUUAUGUCGCUUUUCAGACAUAGUUUGUGGUUUGCUUUUUAUUUAAACAAUUUUCCUCUGCAGCGUUUAGAAAAUGGCUGAAAACCUGAGGGGAGAGAGAGAAAUACUGCCGCGUCUUGCCUUUCGCGCGUGGGGUGAUUUUCACGCGAGCUCGCGUUUUGCUCGCUCUACCAUCCCUGAAGAAAAAUGGGGACUACUCGUAGUCCAAUUAUUUUGAAGUUAGAAUGAACCCAUUUGUUAAUUUUCUCAUUUAGUUUUCAUUAUUUUUAGUUUCAUUUCAUUUCUAGUGUUUAUAUAGGAUUGCUAUUCUUAUCUUUAUGGGCCUACUUUUGGAGGUGGACAUGACAUUCACAUUGCCCGCUACGCAUCAUCCAGUAGCAGUUCCUAUACCGACCUUGGUUAUGCUUACGGUCCACCAAGUGGGUACAGCUAUGGAAGCACCUUCACCCGGACAUUUCUGGCAGGCACUUAUCAGUUUACUCCAGACGAAGUAGAAACGUUUUACGAGACAACCUAA